GUCGGAUAGAGGCAGAAAGCGGUUGGAAUUGCGUUGAGUGCGCCUCAAGAUGGAGUCGGAAGUACGCAAAGAAUCGACUUUCCCCACAAAACCGCGGACAGCCGACGCCUGGCAUCAAAAUCAACCGGCUCGGACCGGUCAGCCGAUGUGGGGAGAGACGCCGAAGAAUGUCCGCAUCCCACUCCCAGCACACCAUCGGCACGUAGCCUAGAGACGGAGCCACGACGUGAUCUACGCGUGAGGCGAACCUGCCCGGAAAUAUCCCCACAACGUGUGGCGUCUGCAUGAAGGCGAGAAGCGCAUUACGGCCGGAGGAAUGUCGGAGGAACGCGUUGAUCAGUGCUGUUCAUUUCUCCGUCUCUUAAGACAGCCCUCGCCCAUGUCCACUACGACUGUCUGCCUCCAUUCAGUCCGACUCCUCUCUGCCAUCACUGGUAUCGAUUGGUUGGCUAGUUCCCGUGGUUGAUUAUGUGCGUACAUCCAGUGCAGCGAAAAAGCAUAUCCUCAUCUGCGCCUGCUCUCGUGCCACUCGAAGCUGCCCUAGCUCUCGUUCCGCACUCUGUUCGUCCGCCACCUCCUGCGCAACAGUCUCCACAAACCGACAUCGUCGAUUUCCAUAUCCAGCACCAUGGCCGCUCCCGCAAUCCGCAAGCUGCCCGCCGACUUUCUGUGGGGUUUUGCCACGGCGAGUUUCCAGAUCGAAGGCUCGACGGACGUCGACGGGCGGGGCCCCUCCAUCUGGGACGAGUUCUCGCGCACGCCGGGGAAGACGUCGGACGGGCGGAAUGGCGACGUGGCGACGGACUCGUACAACCGCUGGGAGCAGGACGUCGCGAUUCUGGCGCAGCACGGCGUGAAAACGUACCGGUUCUCCCUGGCCUGGUCGCGCAUCAUCCCGCUCGGCGGACGGGACGAUCCCGUGAACCCCAAGGGAAUCGAGUUCUACUCCAAGCUGAUUGACGCGCUGCUCGCGCACGGUAUCGUGCCGUUUGUGACAUUGUAUCAUUGGGAUCUUCCCCAGAACCUGCAUGACCGGUACGGCGGAUGGCUAAACAAGGACGAGAUCGUCAAGGACUAUGUCAACUAUGCACGGGUUUGUUUCGAGGCCUUCGGCGACCGCGUGAAGCACUGGCUCACAAUGAACGAACCUUGGUGCAUCUCGAUCCUGGGCUACGGACGAGGUGUCUUUGCGCCCGGUCGCUCGAGCGACAGAACUCGGUCCCCGGAAGGUGACUCGUCGACGGAGCCGUGGAUUGUGGGACACAGCGUCAUCAUUGCCCAUGCGUAUGCGGCCAAGCUGUACCGGGAGGAAUACAAAGCCGUGCAAGGGGGGCAAAUCGGGAUCACGCUGAAUGGGGAUUGGCAAAUGCCGUACGACGACUCGCCGGAAAACGUUGAUGCUGCACAACACGCGCUCGACUUUGCUAUUGGCUGGUUUGCUGAUCCCAUCUAUCUCGGGCACUAUCCAGCAUACAUGCAGCAAGUCCUCGGAAACCGUCUUCCCCAGUUUACUCCCGCUGAGCUCCUGGUCGUUAAAGGGUCAUCUGACUUUUACGGGAUGAACACAUAUACGACCAAUCUCUGCCGUGCCGGUGGAGAUGACGAGUUCCAGGGUCUGGUCGACUACACCUUCACGCGUCCUGACGGCACCCAACUCGGGACCCAAGCCCACUGUGCAUGGCUCCAAGACUAUCCCCAGGGAUUCCGGGCUCUUCUGAACUACCUAUGGAAGAGGUACCGCACGCCACUUUAUGUCACGGAGAAUGGUUUUGCGGUCAAGAAUGAGAGCUUCAAAACCAGGGAGGAGGCUAUAAAAGAUACUGACCGGGUCAACUAUUACCGGGGUGUCACUGCGUCUCUGCAAUCUGCGAUCCACGACGAUGGGGUCGACGUGCGCUGCUAUCUGGCCUGGAGUUUGCUUGACAACUUCGAAUGGGCCGAUGGCUAUGUUACACGGUUCGGUGUUGUCUAUGUCGACUACGAGACCCAGGAGCGGAUACCCAAGGAAUCUGCCGGCUUUGUUGCCCAAUGGUUCACUGAACGUCUGACGCCGGAGCCGCCCACCCUAAAGCAGCUGGCUACUGAUGCGAUGAGCACCGCCAGCACGCUUUCCAAGGGCUCUAAUUCCCUGAGCGUCGCUGCGGUCCCCGUAUCGCUGUUGGCUCAAGUCAAGGCGUGGGUGUCCAAACACAUCAUCGCCCUUCUCUCGCUCCUCAAAUUGAAUACUGCCCGCAGAUGAACGCAGGCCUGUACACCAGCACAUAUCCCCCCGCCGAAUUACUCUCUCUGGUACCGUACCGUACAUUAUAUCUAUACUCACCUCACACAACAACAACAACAACACACCACGAAUUGUUAUUUUUGACGAAUGAAACGAAACGAAUGUCCCGAGCUGUGGUGCCGUGCGUGUGGUCAGCAGGUGCGGUCGAAGCAGCGCCGUGCGACGAUUUACAGAAACUCGGCGCCCGGACUCAGGACUGACACUGACAGCGACAGAAGAUGCGUGAGUACUGGACACGGUGACUGCAAAGACCGUGGUAGGCAUCCGCCUGCAUAAGCAUCUCGGCGAAACAGAGGGGAAAAUCUGGGCGUCAUGCUGAUCUGCAGACACGAUCUAUAUCCAUGCCGUGCGCUGCGUUCCCAGGCGUCUGAUAAUGUGUGGGUGAUCGUGGGUGGAGGGGAAUCAAGAU